CCCUGGCGGUGAAAGAUACCCAUGCAUCUCUGUAUAAUAUUUCUCCUUUGUGCCGUUGUGUACGGCAUUGGCCGCAUUUCGGAGCCAGAUCUGAGAGCUGUUAACUUUGCCGUGAAGAUAGAAGGACAAAAGCUGAAUGGAAGCCUGAUAAAAGAAAUAAAAGUGGAUUCGGAAAGCUCCUGUCAGAUUGAGUGUGUGAAUGAGGAGCGAUGUCAGUCUUACAACUUUGGAACCAUAAAGGGCGACACUGAGAAAUUCAAGUGUCAGCUAAGCGCCUCAGACCGAUUUGCUGCAUUUGCUAACUUCACUGAGGAUAAAGAUUUCAUAUACAGAGGAAUAGAGGGUAAAAACGCUGCUAAGUGUUCAGUGAGUACCGCUGGUACUGUUCGUAACAAUACUUUCCGAAAGGCCUGGGAAUGGUGUAAUGGUGAGGUUUGGCUAUCAGUGGUGAUUGAUUUGUUCGCUACUGAACCAGGACGUCACUGUCUCGAUAUUUUAAAAUCAGGUCAAAGUCGCGGUAGUGGACUUUAUUGGAUCGAUCCAAACGGUGGCUCAACAAAUGACUCUUUCCAAGCUUUUUGUGACAUGGAGACCAAUGGUGGAGGCUGGACACUAAUUUCCACGAAAGUGUCUCCAAGCUUCCUCCUUAUCAAAACAGCCUUCCUAGCAUCAGCUGCAAAAACUACAGAUGCAGAUGCAUCGAGUCACAUCCACCCUGACAUGGGGGACUGGGAAGAGGUCAUGUUCCGGUUCAGUGACGUCAAUACCAUCCGGGUUAUUUACAACAGGAAGGCAGGCGCUCCAAAUAAGGACAAAACAGACUUCGAGANGGAGGACUGA